AGUUUGAUACUUAUGGCCUUCGUUGUACUUUCUGCCUUUAAGCAUUCUUUAGCACUUUUCUUUUCUUCUUCUGAAGGUUCUCCAUUUAUUUAAAAGGUGGUAUCAGAUCUGUAGAAAAAGCGUAUUUAUUUAGAUGUACUUUCCACCUACAUGUCUGGCUAACAAUGUGUUUAUGUUAUUGUAAAGAUAAAUAUGCAAAAUUCAAAUCAAUAUCUACAUGAUGAAAUUUGCAACAAAAAUGCCCCCUCCUAAAAAAGUUUCUCUUCAGGAUUCCCUACUAAUUCCACCCCAACCCUCUGCAUGUUUUCCCUCUCUUCCACUUGUCACUUCUAUUGUGUGGCACGUUCACCCUUCACUAAGCUUGUAUUUUUGUCCUUUUAGAUUUUUUAAAUAGAUUUUUUUGUUAAUUUGUAAAAGAUGACUUUCCCUUGGACACACCGAUGUGCAGUUUUGGCUACAGUCUGACUAUUGUGGAUCAUGACGCCUACUAUUAGCUGGAGUAGUGAUCACAGUUGCAAUUUUUAAAUCGUAUGCACCAAAGCAUAUUCUUUCUUUUUCUAUUGUUUUUCUGUGUUUCCAUUCAGCUUUCCUGCUCUUACAGCUUCUGUGUUGUCGGCACUAACAAACUAGCCGAUGCUUGUUUGCUGUUUGUAUUCUGCAUUCCUACCUCCCACUUACUGUAAUAUAUGAUGUUGCUCUCUAAAUAUAAUAUCCUUCACAAUGUUAAAAAAAAUUCCUGUUUACAGAUAGUGAACAGCAAGCAGUAUGGUGUACAUGCUGAAGCUUCUACAUAUAAUCAAGAAAAUGGCAAGACAUUUGGUAAUGAAGGAAGACUUCUUGAGGGAGCAUACAGAGCAUCAGAAGGGUUUAGGAGUGAAGAUGUUUCAAAGAGCAGUACUGCGUUAGAGGAGAAGCGAGCCAAGGAGAUUCCUACUGAAUAUGAUAAGAUAAAAUUUCAAGGCCUCCGAGAGGAAGUAAAUGCCAGGCAGUUGAUUGAAGUUAAGCUUCUAGACUUGACCACAGCUGGACAGCUCCACAUGGGGAAGAAGGCCAUCGCUGAGGUGCAAAAAGACCUUGAGAUUUUUUUAACAAAGCCUACUGCAGUAGCUGGGCUGUACAUAGAAGCUAGCAAAAACAAAGUCUCACUUGCUUCUGCAGCUAAACAAAGAGUAAUUGAUAAAACAUCAGCUCUAGCAUUGUUAGAAGCCCAGGUUGCCACAGGUUUCAUCAUUGAUCCCAUAACUGGUAAAAAAUUCUCGGUGGAUGAAUCAGUCAUCAGCGGACUGGUAGAUUAUGAAUGGAAAACUAGGCUUCUGGAGGCAGAAAAGGCAGUUUUAGGUUAUCUGUUUUCUGGGAAAAAGCUGUCUGUUUACCAAGCAGUGGAAAGUAGAAUUUUAGAAAGACAAAAAGGCAAAAACAUUCUUGAGGCUCAGAUUGCCACUGGGGGAGUUAUUGACCCUGUCAGAAGCGUCCGUAUUCCUCCUGAGAUUGCAGUUGAGCUAGGCUUGCUGAAUAACACAAUGCUGAAAUAUUUACACGAACCUUCCAGUAACAAAAAAAGCUUCGAGAAUCCCAAUAACAGGCAAGCCAUGUAUUAUAACGACCUGCUGAAAUUGUGUGUGCUUGAUGUAGCUAGCAAAUGCUUCCUGCUUCCGGUUGGGGAGAGGAAAAUAAGCACUCCAUCUGCAGAAAAGAUUCAUAAGGUAUCUGUGGUUGACAUCAACACUGGUGCGGAAAUGACUUCCUAUGAGGCAUAUAAAAAGUCCCUGAUAGACAAAAGUACAUAUCUUGAGCUAUCUAGACAGGAAUUUCAGUGGAAAGAGUCCACGUGCUUUGAUGCCAGUGGAAAUUCUUACUUUGUUCUGACAGACCUGAAAACGGGGCUGCAGUUCAAUAUUGAUGAGGCCUUAAUUGCUGGCAAAAUAGACAGACUCUCAGUCAGUAAGUACAAGGAAGGGCAUCUUGCAGCUAGUGAGCUUGGUGACAUUUUGUUGACCAAUUCCAAGCCGCAUACCGAUCUCCAUAGUCCCAUUGCCGGGGUCUGGCUGCCUGAGACAAAUGAAAGGAUAGCUAUUGUAAAAGCUUCUCGCAAAAACUUGGUGGACAGGAACACUGCGCUGAGGUGUCUGGAGGCUCAAAUCUGCACAGGAGGAAUAAUUGAUCCCUUGACUGGAAAGAGGUACCCACUGGCUGAAGCCUUGCAAAGGGAGUUAAUUGACGAGGCAUGUGCUAAACACCUUCAGCAGUGUGAAUUGGUCUUCACUGGCAUUAGGCACCCUUUAUCAAACAGUAUUCUCUCAGUCACCGAAGCAAUAAAUAAAAACCUUCUAGACAAAGAAGUAGGCACUCGCUGCUUGGAAUAUCAGCAUUUGACGGGUGGGUUGAUAGAUCCCAAAUCUCAUUCUAGAUUGUCAAUGGAGGAUGCCAUCAAGAAUGGCCUAAUUGAUGCCGUUACUGCCACAAAAACUCAAGAUGAUAAAUUCUACAUAAAAAGCCUGAUGUGCCCUAAGACAAAAAAGCAAUUAACCUAUCAGGAAGCUCUCCAGGGAGCUAUUUUUGACUGCCAUACAGGACUACGCUUGCUAGAAGCUUCGGAGCUUAUCACCUCAGGUAUAUCAAGGCUUUAUUAUUCUACCCAGUAACUAAGCUAACCUGGCCGUCUAUUUUUUGAGACAAAAUUUUCAUAACAACAGAUUAUUCUUAAGAGUAAACAGGGAACAUACUCCACAGUCACUAGCACUGAUGACAUUGCCUCAUUGGGUAGUUGAAUGUUUGCAAGUUUACAACCAAGUUCAGAGACUCUGCACCAAGGACUCCACAGUUCAACCUUGAGCUACAAAUAUUCUCUUCUGUUGGAACUAAGUUCCGUUCUGUGGUAAGGAACAAAACUGCCACAUCGUAGAAAUAAUUCCCACUUAUAUAAUUGUACAACAUGGUGGAGGGGAAAAAAAUCACUCAAUUCCUGGCAACACAUUUUGGCUUUGCUUAUAGAUGGUUGUUUGCAUACUCUAAAUCUAGUAUUGCUCUAUGCUUGUAACCUUAGAACACAAUAAAAGCUAGAUAUUUCUAUGUUUUACAGAUUUCUGUGGAAGAUUUAAAUUCAUGCUUAAUUUUUCUCAUAAUGUAACUGUACUUCAGUUAUGAUUGGAUUGUGCUUCAGUUGCUGUUUUCUAUAAAUAAAAAUAGUAGCUUAUAACAAGAUGAAUUAUAUUGAUAUGUUUCAUUUCAUUCUAAUCUGGUUUUUGCCAUUCCAGCUGAACUUUUUAAAUUUAUUUUUUUUAAAUAUAUUCCAUUGUAAUCAAAUCAGUGUAAGUUAUUAAAAAAUCAUGAAUUUCAGGAUUUCCAGCAAACUACAGUAGAGCGCUAAGUGUGUAGAGUCUCUCAUAAUGACACUUAAAUGCUUAUUUUCAUAACUACUGCCCAUUUUCAGGGAAUAGUAAAACAUGGAAUUAUAAACUUGCAGAGGUUCAUAGAUAAAUUAUAUGAAAAAAUAUAUUAAAAAGGUUAGCAGAUGCAAAUUUCUAUUAAGCUAAGUCUGUCAAAGUAAGGUAGUACAAUUUUAACUAUUUGAUAAUGAAUUAUAUUCAUUGAGGCCUAUAUCUUAGUUUAAACAUUUAAGAUUGGUCAGUCAAAAAAUUUAAGGACAGUUUUAUACUCCUGUUAUAACAAUUAAAAUGAUUUUUUUUUCUGUUUAUUUUGGCACUUGAGUCUUUACAUUUCUUCUAAUUGGAAGCUUAAAUUAUUAGUGGAAAUGGCUAUACAACUGUCAAACUAGGGUUCCUUUCUGGUGGAUCAAUUAUCGCCUGAUGAAUAAAAAUUGUAUGACAUUUUGUCUAUAGGAAAGGGUUUUAGGUAUUUUAUAUUAAUGAAAUGUGGUAACCUCUCUAACUUCAUGAUAUCAGGUGUGGGUUUAUAAUUCAAAAGCUGCAGUUUAAUAACAGUUUUCCUUCCCAUUGUUAGAACAAUAAUGAUUUCUGUCCAUACGCAUUGAAUCAGCUCUGUACAAACGAAUGUGUUCAAAUGUAUCAAAUGACUAUCUUGGUUUUUU